AUGGCUUCGACAACAUCUCAACACCGAGCGCAAUUGCUUCGCGAAAUGAACAAAGCACGAAGCUCAUCGAGUUCUUCACGCCACUCUGAAAGCCCUCAGCCAACAAUCUCCAAUUUUGAUCCCGAUAACGAAGCAAUGAUGUCUACACGUCAACUAGAGAACAAUGUGCACAGAUUUCCUGACCUGCGAGCUAGCGCACAGAAAUACAAACGUCCGAAUACUUUCGAGCCAGAAUAUGUCAUAGACACCUCUGCCAUUGGUCGAGCAUUCCCGGACUUUUCUCAAGGAGACACAUCCUCAAAUGCUAGCCUCUCCAUUGAGAUGGGGAGAGGUACCAAAGCAGAAAACCAGGGUCUCCAGGGUAGAUCCCGCCGGGCCAGAGAAUAUUCGUCCAACGCGGACAUUUUAGAUGACGAUACAUUGAACCUCAAAGACCACAUCGCGAGCCGUUACAAUGUGAGAAAUACACCUCCACCAAACCAGAAGCCCGGGAAAGAAGCUCCAGACACGUUCCAACCGAGCGCGCGACGCUAUUCUCACGCUCCGCAUGCGUCCGGCCUCAAGAAUGAGUUCGAGCCUUCUCCGCCUGAGAAAGCAAAAGAUUAUGGUUCUGGGGAGAGCCGGAAAAGCAGUGAAGGAAGUCGACGGGGCCUUGCUGCUAUGCAUGCUCGGGUCAGUGACGAGAAUGAUAUUUCUAAGCUGGCAGAUGAGCCACCACCGACCACAACAGAACUAACUGUAAGAAAAACACGGUUCGGGAAUGGCAAGAUGUCUCAAAGUGCCACCGAUAAAAAUAUGCCUACUAGAUUCAGCUCCACUCAAGGUCUAGCUUCAGCGAAACAGGCAUUGAAAAAUACUGCAGCUUUUGCUGCUACACGUCAAGGGACCCAACAGUCCUUCACCCUCCCGGAAAUGCCCAACAUUUCGGAGCUUGUCUCGGGUGUAUUCGAGGACGGGACGCCAAUAUUCUCCCGUCACAGUAAGUCUAGAGUAUCUCAAUUCCUCAACGGUGAUGGCAGCGUACCUCAUGCCUACACGGACGUCGAUGAGAUACCUGUCCCUUAUGAUGAGCAAGCCAUAUUUCUAUCUUUGAAACUUCUGCAAGAUAAAGUAGCUAUCUUAGAAAGGGAAAAGGCUGAGUUCGAAACUUAUGCAAAAGACCAAGAAGAGAAGAAUCGUGUGCUAGAGGCCGAGCGGCUACCAAGACGCAGAUUCUCAGGCCGUAGCGAUAGUGCUCUUGGUAUCACUGAUAGUGAUGGUGGUGAUGAGAUGCCUAAAGGUAGUCAACGCGAGUCUGCCAUCCAGCGAAGUCGUAAGUGCUCACAUUGGUACGCUCCGCUUCUCGCUGACAUCUGCAAAGGUCUAGAGUCUACCGUCCGGGCGUUGCAUAAGGAGGUAGACGCAUCGAACCGUAGAGCUACAACAGCCGAGACAAUUUUGAACAACAUUACCCGGGAACGUGAUUCGACCGUCAAUCAGUUGAGCGUAGCUUUUGUCACCAUAGAGCGGCUGAAGGCUGAGAAUCAAAACCUCAGGGAAGGAAAUCAAGCAUUGAAAAGUCUUGCCAGCCAAGCCGAACAAGCGUAUGGAGAUGACAUCCAUAAAGACACCUCAAAAGUCACGACUUCGAAACAUCGAGCAAUUGAGCCUCGUCGUACGGCAAAGGAAGCGCCCCUCUCGAAUUUAGAGCAACCGCCACCCUUCGCCGCUCGAGUCUCUAGUGAGGGCCCGAAGACUUCCAGAGUCGAGAUAUCAAACAAAUGUGAUGACUACGAUGAUAACUCUCUAUUCGAUCUCACCCCAAGACAGAACCUCCAGACGAGACCAGCCGACGCGCAAGGCUCAAAAGGGUAUUUGCAACAGGCUAAGCAUCGUGCCCCCCUUGCCAACCAGCAAGCUUCAACCAACCUCGUAAUUUCAGAUUCUUUUGGCAAAGGCGAAAUUGGCAAGGAAUCUAGAGAUUUGACAAAUCUGACCAGUAUCGACGCCAAGGAGAUAGAAAACCUGAGGAGGACAAUCGAACAUGAGCGUCUUGAACAAAAGGGCCAUCUUGCUACCAAACACGCAAGUAAAGCACAGGAUGCUAUUUCGAAACAGAAGCUUCCAGUCGAAUCUCACACACAACUGGCUCGAAACAUGCUUCCGCAGAAAUCUGCAAUGAAAUCUCACACUGAGACCACUAAAUCCGUACCAAGGCAAUAUCAGAACCUUGCGAAGGAGAAUACCACAGAUCACAGCCGCCGUCAUUCGGAGACUUCGGUCCUUAGUACAAAGAGUCGAAGGCGAAGGCUCAAUGCGGAGAACAUGACUUCAGCUUUCAUUUUACCAGACAUCACAAUCAGUAAACCUAAUACCUGUCACGAGGAUACCAACCUCACCAACACCUUACCAGAAGCGACUGUAAAUGAGUCAAAGCACGAACCACAGAACUGCAAUGUCUGUAAGCAUGACCAGCACCAUGAUCAUGGUCGGCGAAAGGCAACCAUAAUUGUCCCAAAGCCAAUACCUGUUUCUGAGCGCAUGCCUGAACCUAAUGAAGGCGACCAGACCCUAAGACCCGCCCAGACACCUGCUUUAGCGCUUGCUACAGUCUUGAAAGGCUUGUAUGAUGAGAUGGCGCAUCUUAAAAUGACACUUGGAAAGUAUCAAAUGCUCUUCGAUAGCCAUGACCCUUCUCUAAGCAGACGGAAAAGGAAAGCUAUCCAGAGCAAGAUCGAAAGCCUCUUGCAAACUAUUGACCUCAAGGCCGAUCAAUUCUAUGCUCUGUAUGACGUCCUCGAAGGCCAAAAGGGAGAUGGUCAGGAAUUGUCGGAAGAACAAGUUGAGGUUACCCUUCAGUCUAUUGGUAUUGGCCAUACAGGUGCCCAGAUACAGGGCGGAGGCAGUGAAGUCCAGCACAAGGUUGGAAUGAGUGAGCGUCAACCCUGGGAUCUCGGUAGCGAGGACGGCAGUGAGGAGGAAAUGCCCUGGGAAGGCAUCGAGUCAACUAUCGAAACAACCAGGACUGGGCACAGAAGGAGAGCUUCCGCAACCUAG